AUGUAUCUUCUGAGAAGACAAGCUCAAAAACCAUCCCCAGAGGAUGAUUCUGCACAAAAAGAUGCAAAGGUCAAAGAACUCAGGGCUGCACUUGGCCCCCUGUCUGGACGUAAUCUGAAGUACUGCACUGAUGCAUGCCUUCGGAGAUAUUUGGAAGCUCGGAGCUGGAAUCUUGAUAAGGCGAAGAAAAUGGUGGAAGAGACACUCAGGUGGAGGGCAACUUAUAAGCCUGAAGAAACUCGUUGGCAUGAAAUAGCACAUGAAGGUGAGACUGGAAAAGUGUCAAGAGCAAAUUUCCAUGAUCGACUUGGGAGGACUGUGCUCAUAAUGAGGCCAGCAAUGCAGAACACAAACUCACCUGAAGGUAAUAUCCGCCAUUUAGUCUAUCUUAUAGAAAAUGGUAUCCUCAACCUUCCCGAAGGUCAAGAACAAAUGUCGUGGUUGGUUGACUUCUCUGGAUUCUCGUUGAACACCAAUGUCUCGGUCAAGACAGCCCGUGAUAUUAUUUACAUUCUACAGAACCAUUACCCCGAGAGGCUUGCGGUUGCAUUUCUUUAUAACCCACCAAGGAUUUUUCAAGCGUUCUGGAAGGCUGUCAAGUACUUCCUGGAUCCCAAGACAUUUCAGAAGGUGAAGUUUGUAUACCCCAAAGGUAAAGAAAGUGUAGAGCUCAUGAAGACAUUCUUUGAUGUUGAAAAUCUUCCAAGCGAGUUCGGGGGUCAAGCCACCCUGAAGUACGACCAUGAGGAGUUUUCACGAAUGAUGGCUGAGGAUGAUGUGAAAACUGCCAAGUUCUGGGGAUUUGAUGAGAAGCCUUGCCACAUAAAAACUGGGCUUUCAGGAGUAGAGGUGAUGCCGGAGCCCCUCCCCAUCGCACCUAUAGCUAGCUGA